GAUUCCAUCUCGACACACGACCCAACCUUCAUCCCGAUCGCCAACGGUCCUUCGCAAACGAGCGUAAUCUGCACGCGCGCGCAAAAAAAAGAGAGAGGGAAGACAGACCGAGGGACAGAAUCCUCCCGCGUUAUUUUCGUUCUCCGAUCGAUCGCCUCCGAUCGAUAGUUCGCGCGAACCGGUGAGCUGAAGCAAAGAAGAAGGGCAAAGGAAGCCGUGCCCCGACGCCGACUCGUCUGGCAAGAGUUAACUCGAUUUUACGGAGAAGAGAAAAAGACAUAUCACGAUGAUAAAAUUCGUUGUGGCAACGAUGGUGUGCUUUUUGGGGGUGAAGACGAUCGUCGCCAUGCCGGUGGCCGAUCACCACGAGGGUCACGCGGCACUGCCGGUCGUGCCUCUCGAAAAGGAGGCGAGUCCCGCGCUAAAGACGGAAAUCCCGCAGGCGGACGUCGCGCAGGGUAGCGCACCCGCGGAAUCCGCGGUGGCCAGUCAGCCAGCCCAGGCCGAGCCAGCGGCCGCGGUUGACGCAAUUGCCACGAGGAGCAGCGAGGAGGUCCAACCGGUCGAGAAGAAAGACGAGGAACCGGUGCAGUCGGAGCUGCUUAAAUCGGUAGCCGAGGAACCCGUGGCACAGCCCAAGUCAUCCGAGGAGCAAAUCGAUUCCAGCGAGAAGGAGGAGCCGAAAGUGCUAGCCACCGCCGAGGCUGAAAAGAAGCAAGAGCAAGAGUCCCUGAAGGAGGCCGCUUCCGAGGCGAAGGAGUCGGUGCAGCCGGUGCCGCAGCCAGCCGAAGUUCCAGCGGAAACCAAAGCAGAGGAACCAGUAGCCAUUGAAGGCAAGAGCGCGGAGCCUGCGGUGGAACCCGCGGCCGAGAAGCCUGUAAUCGAGAAGCGCGCCGACGACGUCGUCGCCGAGGUCGCCAAGGAGGAACCGAAGGAGGAGAAGAAGUUGGAGGAGUCGGUAGAGCAGCUGAAGAAGGAGGAACCGGAAAUUCCAGCGCCCGCUUCCACCGAGGAGAAGAAGAUCGAGGCUGAACAGCCGAAGGAAUCCACGGGCCACUCGCUCGCUCACGCUAAAGUCGAGAAGCCUGAGGAUAAGCCUGACCGCGUAACCCGCGAGACCAUCGGUUUGGCUAACCCGGCCGCCCCCGUCUCUCAAGAAACGUCCCAAAUCCAACAGCAGGAGAAAUCCGGACCCAUCGACGCCGCAGAGGUCGCGUCGGAAGCGGAUGUUGCACCAGUCGAGGAGCCGAAACCCGCCGAGAAGAGCGAGAAGAUCGAGAAGAGCGAGCAGCUGGAGACGGUACCUGUCGAGCAGCCAGCUGUCAAAGCUCAGGAACCGAGCGAGGAGAAGGUAGCCAACGAGAAGGAGCCUGAGAAAGAGGCGAAGAGCGCCGAGGCUCCCAUCCAGCAAGAGGUAGCCAACGAACAGCAACCUGCGCAGGCUGAGGAAUCCAGUCAGAUCAAGCGAGACACAGUGGAGGAAGUCGAGCAGCCUCAGGUGAAGUCGGAGCUCCCGGUUCCCGAGGAGUCGCAGCCGGCCCAACAGCCAGCUCAACAACCAGUUCAGCCGCAGGAAGAGGCCAAAGAGGUGAAGGAGCGUUCCCACGAAUCCUCCGAGGAGAAGCUGAGCGAUGCCGACGAGAGCAAGGAGACCAAGAGCAGCGAAGAGUCCUCCGAGGAGAAGGAGAAGCCCAAGCUGGCGGAAUUGCUCCCGAAACCCGAGCAAUAAAUUUUGACGCGAGAAGGGUUCGAUUGACGAGUAACCUCAGCAGCGCGGCAGCAACAGCAGCAGCAGCAGCAGUACCAUCUCGAGGAGGACUGCUCCUCUUAAGGAUCGGGUCGAGCUCAUGCAUCGGCGUCUCUCCGCGAGACGCAUACACGAGUUCGUCGCGAAACGACAGGAGCGAAAGCAAGCGAUAGAGAGAGAAAGUGUGUGUGCGUGCGUGCGUAUAUGUGUGUGUGUGUGUGUGUGUGUGAAAACGAGCGAGAGAACGCAAGAAUGCAAACGUCGAAAUGUCAGAAUAAGGAGCAUGUAACGAUGUGGAGACCAGAAAAUGUGAAAGCACCACAGUGUGAAUGAGAGAAAAAACGACCCCAUCGACCCGAUCAAUCUAUCUAGGGUAGGGUGGUCCGAUCUUCAAGGCGCACUACGAUCUCGGUAGCGCAUCCCCAGGAACGCGGAGACGAUCGGGGGUUGCCAGAUACUUGUCAGCAUCGUCCACGAGCGAAUGACAUCGACCCGUAUCGAUUUAUUUCCUUCAUCGACGCUCGAUCUCGGUAAUCCAGAUGGAGAACACCCGAUGAUCCCCCUUUCCAGGGAAUGCGGCUCGACCUGGCUCUGAGUGGCGUUUCCGUUUGUCCUGGCGGACACCGCGAUCUGUCCGCGAGGACGAACUCAGGGUCCCUCCCCGAUCGAUAUUUUUCAUCCACCUUAUAGAAUCCCCUAUGUCCCAUCUAAAAAUGACACGCACCCUUCCCUGUCCACUACACAUCCCCCAUCCCGGUAAACUAUAUAGUAAGUAGCUCGACUCUGUCUUCUUUUUAGAGAUUACAUGUGUCAUUAUUAUUAUUAUUAUUAUUACGAUUUAGUACCAGUACCACUAUUA